AUGUCUGACCUGGAGCAAUCGGUGGUGGCGGCGACUUCGUCCUCGCCGUCUCUUCCGGCCACCGACUCCACUGCCCUCAACUAUGCCUUCCUUGUCCACUCGCAGAAAACCCUCACUCAGAAUCUUCCUCCCCGUGUCGACAACAAACUGCUCGCUCGCCAAAAACGCCGUCGAACGAGCCCGGAGGAUCAUGCCAUCCUAGAAGAGGAGUACCAGCGAAAUCCAAAGCCAGACAAGGUAGCGCGGGCGAAUAUUGUGAACCGCGUCUCGCUCGGCGAGAAAGAGGUCCAGAUCUGGUUUCAAAAUCGUCGCCAGAACGACCGUCGCAAAUCCAAACCUCUCCAGCCGCACGAGCUUCUCGCUCCUCGAUCGAGUAUGUCCGAUUCGUCGGGACACCCUGCUAGUGACGAUAACGCGUCCGCGGAGCCCGGGUCGUCGAGUGGGGCAGAGCAAAUUGACACCCCAGAACGACCGGAGAGCACCAAGCCAAAAUCGUGGGGCGGCGAGCUGCUACAUUUGCCGGAUUCGGAUCCAGUGAUGGGGGAGAAAGAAGACGAUGAUCUGCCUCCGCAGAGCACACAAACGAGCGUGGCAACUGAGGCUGUGGAAGAAACCCCGCCAACGACCCAAGAGGAGUUCCAUGGGCACAGCUCAGGACUAAACCUGGAAAAUGGGUCGGAUGAAAAUCAGUUGCACGUUCCGAAGCGAAAGCGGUCAUUAUCUGAUGUCAGAGGCGAGGGGUCGGAUGAAGUGCCAGAGACAGUCCACGUUGGAAUCACGACGCCUGUCAAAUCCCCACCGUCACUGCGGUUGUCCUUCUCGUUUGAUGGAGAAGCCAUGGUACGCAAGGAAGAUGAGUUGACACCAUCGCCACCGAAAGGCCGGAACGCGUUGAGGAUAGCCAUGUCGUGUGAUGGGAAAGCUGUCAUCCGGGCGGAGAAUGAGCCUUCACCGUCCAAAAACCGAGUCGCCAUGUUCUCUGUGCGUCGAACAAAGCAGUCCAGCCUUCGCCGGACGAGCAGCGCUAUCUUCCCAGCCACGCCGCGGGCAGACAUGACUGAGAAGGACCGUGUCUUUGGCCGAUCCCGUGACCCUCGCAAUUGGGAGUCAUUCUUCGAUACAGAUGCGCGCAGUGCUCUGUCCACACCAAGCAGUUCUCAGACUGCACCUCACCUCUCCCCGGGCCUCUUCCAAUCCCGCAGCCAGCGGUCCCUGACUCGCAGUGCCUCAACACGGCACAGCCUCGCGAUUCACGAAGACAAUGCCCGCACCCCGAUUUCCCAGUCCAUGGGUGAGAAGCGACGAAAGCUCUCUCGCACAACAGAUCGAAACCGUGCCAACGCGAGCUCUAAGCUCUCCAAGUCUAUGUCCAAAUCGCACAAGCCGGGCUUUGAGCUUGAUGCCGGUGACUCCGACAAGGAGAACUGGGUUCCUGGAACUCGGUCGUCGCAGGCUCGCCGCCGUCCAAAUCCUAAUGCCACUCGCUCUGUUCUGCGUGAUGCCAACCGUAACCGCGGGUUGGGACUGUCAACCAAUGGGAAGCGUAACCGCCCACUUGGCUCCGGCGUCCAGGGUAAAGCGCCAGACGUAGACGCCGAUGUCUCGGCGUUUAUGGCGGGCGGUAACGGCGGUAGUCAAGAGGACGAUUUGGACUGUGUUCAAGGUCUCUUGUCACUGAGCCAGGGGGCUUGGAGAUGA